UUAGGACCACACAUUGGUUUUGCAACACUUUCUCUGACAUGUCACGGAUAAUAUUAAAUCAUAUUCUAAACUCUAAACUAUUAACAACUAUUAUUUCAUACUAUAUCAUAAAAUCUCUUCAAUAACUCCAACCAAAAAAAACAACUAAAAUGGCUUCUUCUUCUUCAUCUUCUACUUCUUCAAUUUCUUCUCCUUCUUCUUCCAAAUCUCCUCCUUUAAUCUCUUCUCGCCAUUCUCCACAAUUCACUCCUAUUCAAGAAGAACAUGAAUUUGAUGAAUACAGCAAUGAAAACCGAAGCCAGAGUAGAAGAACAACACCAACAAAUUCAACAACACCGAAUCAUAAUCAUAAUCAUAAUCAUCAUCAUCAUCUUCAUCAUAUUCAUCAUCCACCAACACCAAUCGUUAACAAAAACACGAAAAAUCACAAGAAGAAACGUUCUGAAACCGAUCAAGAAGACGGUUCGGUUUCAUGCAAUAAAUGCAGACCACAUUCUCGCGACAAAAUCUUCAUUCUUCCAUAUGAUCAAACCAAUAGCGGUAACAGAAGCUAUUCAUCUUUGUUAGCAAGUCCAAAUGGGAUUUUCAAAUCCAUUGUUUCAAAGCUAACGAGAAAAAGUCCAAUGUCAGCAACAACAAAUAACAGUAACAAUAACGAAGAACAAUGGAAAAUGGCAGUUUCAGAACUCUCUCACAAGCUUGUUCAAGCUACAAGGAAAAGAGAUGAAGCUCUUCAAGAAGCUUCAAGGCUCAUGAAUUCAAUGUCUGAGUUAGAGAAAAAACUCAACAAACUCGAAAUCUAUUGCCACGGUUUGAAAUCUGGUCUUGAAGAAUGCAAUAUCAAUAGCAACAACACAAACAGUACUGUUGCUAAUUCAUCGGUUUCUCAGAAAAAUAUUUAUCACCAUCAUGUUCUUCAAGACACCGACAACAACGUUGUACAACAUUUCUUGGUGUCGGUUUCCGAAGCAAGAUCUUCCGUGAGGCUUCUAAGUCGUUCAUUAACAAUGCAACUUCGACACACCGGAAACAAAGUAUACGAAAAAGUUUCAUCACUUUUACAACCCUAUGAUAUAAAAAUCUCGUUUUCGAAGAAUCCAAGAAGUUUGCUUUUCUACCUAGAAGCACUUUUGAACAAGACAUUCUUCGAGGAUUUUGAGUCAAUAGCUUUUCAAAAGAACGGUUGUAACAGAAUCCUAAACCCAAUGGAAAGAUGUGAGUCAAGUUACACUUCAUUCAACAUGAUUCAUGGCUUAACAUGGGACGAAGUAUUGAGCAAGGGAACGAGACAUUUUAGCGAAGAUUUUAGUCGAUUUUGCGACAGAAAAAUGAGUGAGAUUGUUGCUAUGUUGGGUUGGAAUAGAGCUUGGUCGGAACCACUAUUGCAAGCUUUCUUUGUUGCUUCAAAAAGUGUUUGGAUGGUUCAUUUGUUGGCGAAUUCAGUUCAUCCAAGUUUAACAAUUUUUAGAGUUGAUAAAGGUGUGAAUUAUGAUUCUGUUUACAUGGAAGAUAUGGGUGGAGACAAAUCUUCAAGGUUGGUACCAAACAUGGUUAGGAUAAUGGUUGCACCUGGUUUUUAUGUCUAUGGUAGUGCUGUUAAAUGUAAGGUUCUUUGCAGGUACUUGACAAAUUCCAACAUCAACAACAACAACAAUGGUAGUAACAAACAAGACAAAGGUUUAACACCAUCACCUUAAAUCUAUCAAGUUGAUGUUUUUUUAUUUUUUUUAUUUUUAAUGUGGAAUUGGAAAGUGUACUCUAUUUGGUUUCAUGUUUGGAAUUUGGAUAAGGUUUUGUUGUUGUUAUGUUGCCCAAUGUGUAUAUUAUUAUAUUAGUGUUAUAGUCUUGAAGAUUCGAAUUCAGUAUUUGUUAAUAAAUUUUGUGUUAGUUAGUGUAUACAGAACUUUACUCU